AAGGAAACCCACUCAGCAGGCACCAGGCCCCCUGCAGCCACCCUCAGGCAUGCGGGGCUGCAGCUAGAGAGGGGCACAGGGUCGGGCUCGGGCCUGUCGGACCCUCCCGUCCACAGUCCAAGUGACCUGGCCAGUGGCAGGGCGGAGGCCUGAGAGCGCCCCUGCAGGACCGCAGCCGCCCUGGUGGGACCAGCACAGGUGCCGGGCAGAGGGAAGCAGAGGAGCCCCUGACGUCUGGCUGCCGUCGUCCGUCUGUCCAUGCUGGGCUGCAGCUGGUGUGACCUCCACUGUGCUCUUGUUUUUGGCGAGACCAAUGACUCAGGAAAGGCCCUGUGGGAGGGGGGCCACCUACAAGCCAGGAAGAGAAGCCUCACCAGAAACCAACCGUGAUGGCGCCUUCGUCUUGGACUUCAGCCUCCAGAACUGUGAGAAAAUAAAAGCACUCCAGCUGGCUAAACAACAGCCCUACCCCCAGAGCUGGGCCUUUGCACACACUGCCACCCCCAUCCCUGCUCCUCCUGCUCUACUGUGGCAGCCUCUCCCCAGAAUGCAACCCCAGGGCCCUGCCCUCAGAAGGCCUCCUGGACUGCCAAGCCCUCAUGUGGUCCUGCUCUCCGUCCCUGCAACCUCCAUCCCUGCAGCCUCCGUCCCUGCAGCCUGCACCCUAAGCCCAGCUCUACAAGGAUCUGGAGGACAGGACACCACAGGUGACACAACAGAGCCUCCGAUGGCCCCACCCAGGCAGAGGCCUCAGGUCCUGUGGAAGGACAAGUUUGUGGCAGCAGCCGCUCCAGACAGCCUGCAACCGCUGCAGCAGGGAGGUGCCACCAGGGCUACACAUUCCAUGGAGCUGGCAGGAGCCCUGCCCCUUCCGAGCUGCAAGCCUGCAACUUCUGCAGCCACCCAAGUUGUAACUGCAGAUCUGAGCCUUCCUGUGGUCUUCCAGGGCAAGCAGGCUCAACCAGAGCAAGGCAGAGGAUGGAGAAGCAACCGGAGACUGGAUGACCAGCUGCAGAGGAGCUACCCUCUCUGCUGAGAGCUGGGAAGUCAACAGGCACCUGCCUGCAGAGUGGAGCCACCCACCCAGGGCCUCCGGGGCCUCCUCUCUACAGAGAGCUGAACACUGGGGGAGAUGACCUGCCUACAGAGGGUCCCACUGUGGGUCUCCUCCGAGCUGCCCUAAGAUUCAAUAAAGCUUUGCUUUGUCUUGCUCACCCUCCA